GAUUUGGUUCAUCAGUGACGCCACAACCCGCAAGUAUACUCUGCCCAUCGGAUGCGUUUUGUCUAUGUCUACCAGCCGAUAACGGAAGUAUGACCGGCUGCCACAAUGAAAACGCAUAAAAGCUCUACUCUUGACAUGUCUUCCAAGACUGCAUCAUCAUUCGAACACGAGUCAUCAUCAUCAUCCAACUCGCAUCACUGCACGCGCCACUCUCAUACCACUCCCGUAUCAAUGCGCAUCUCAUCAGAUGAUGACUCCUGCUUCAACUUCAAUGCACCUCAGUGCUGCCACUGUGGCUGGCGUGGAUCCCACUCCCCAAGCUGUCCAUUCCGCUGAGCACACAAUAAUCACGCUUUUUUGACUAUAUUUAUUCCCUUUGCUUGCACUUGUUCUCAUCAUCCACCCAUCAUCCAUCCAUGACGUCUUCGAUACCAUCUGUUGUAUCACCAUACAUCUAUACUCCGUGCAUAAGCACUUUAGUCGUCGAGGUCUCACCGCAGUUGUAGGAUCAGGGAGGGAGGGAGGAGGAGGUUGUGUAUGCGGAUUCCUCGGGGCGGCAGGAUAAUUUAGGCUCACAAUUUUGCCGUAUCCCUUGUAUGUAUGACUUAUUACUGCAACAACCCAUCAUUAUUUGUCGGACCGUAAACCGUGCUGAAACGUC